AUGCACUCCGCACUCGUGCGACUGCAGAAUGUCUUCGGCUUCUUCACCACCGUCGCCUUCACAGUAGCCGCCGUAAUUGCGCUCAGCAGCUUCAUAUCCCCACAAACCCCACGCGCCAGCAUAAGCCUGCGCAACGUGCAAGUCGUCAAAGGGCGGCCACACUACUACAGCUACAAGAAAGAGGAAUAUGCGAAUGUGCGCUUCGAUCUGGAUGCUGAUCUAAGCACUCUCUUCAACUGGAACACGAAACAAGUCUUCCUCUACCUCAAAGCAAUCUACCCCUCUCCCCGCGCCUCCGAACCCCCCUCCGAAGCCAUCAUCUGGGACGCCAUCCUCGCCUCCUCCACCGCGCCCUGGAACCAACUGCACUUUGUCCACCCCGCCAAAGCCAAGGGCGUCAAGGACGAGAAGGACUUGCUCUUCCCCAGGGGGGAGCUCCAUCUGCAUAACCAGCGCCCGAAAUACCAGAUCACAGACAUCACGGGCAAGCUGCAGAACCGCACGGAUGUGUAUCUCGAGUUGGGGUGGAAUGUGCAGCCGUGGGUUGGUGCGUUGACGUGGACUAAUUGGCAGAAGUUUGGGGCAUGGGAGGGGUUCAAGGGGGGCAGGAGUGCAACAUUUGAGUUCCCGGAGAUUGGCGCGAAGAUGAAGAAGGUCAAGAAGGAGGAUUUGGAGACGGAGAAGGGGAGUGAGGGGUACAGGUUGAUGGCGGGUGAGGAGCAGCCGAGGAAGAGUGUGUAGCUGUGUUGUCAGGGAUGAAUGAGGUAGGAGUGGUGGCAUUUUCAUGGCGUAGACGAUAGCGAGGUACAUUCAACUAUGGGAUA